AUGACGUCCGCCACCCCCGCUUCCUCUUCUAGCUCCUCCCCCCAGAAGGUGUGCCACUCUCAGACCCAGACGGACGUCUUGAAACCCCUUCUGGGCGGCGGUCUUUCCAACACGGGCGGCACGCUGAGGAAGCGGCGGCGAGUCCUUUCCAAAGAUGGCCGAAGCAACAUCCGCAUUGAACACGUUAGCGGGCGGGGGUCACUGUAUAUGCGAGACCUGUGGACCACCUUUGUGGACAUGCAGUGGCGCUACAAGUUCUUCCUGUUCACCGCCACCUUUGCCGGUACCUGGUUCCUGUUCGGAGUGUUGUGGUACCUGCUGGCACUGGUGCACGGAGACCUGCUUGAGUUCGAGCCUCCGUCCAACCACACUCCAUGCGUGAUGCAGAUGCAGACGCUGACGGGCGCCUUCCUCUUCUCUCUGGAGUCGCAGACCACCAUCGGCUACGGUUUUCGUUGCAUCACCGAGGAGUGCCCGGUCGCCAUUGUCCUGCUCAUCAUCCAGCUGCUCAUCACCACGCUCAUGGAGAUCUUCAUCACCGGCACCUUCCUGGCCAAGGUUGCACGUCCGAAGAAGCGAGGCGAGACGGUCAAGUUCAGCCAGCACGCUGUGGUGUCAACGCAGGAGGGCCGACCCUGCCUCAUGAUUAGGGUGGCCAACAUGCGCAAGAGCCUCCUACUGGGCUGCCAGGUGACAGGUAAGCUGCUCCAGUCGUCUCUGACCAAGGAGGGCGAGACGGUCCGGCUGGACCAGAGGAAUGUGGCCUUCCAGGUGGACACGUCCAGCGACAGUCCCUUCCUCAUCCUGCCGCUCACCUUCUACCAUGUCAUCGACGACGACAGCCCCCUCAGGGCCUGGGCUGCCAAGGGGGGCGGCUGGACUGAUCCCGAAUCGGCCGACUUUGAAUUGUUGGUCAUCCUCAGCGCGACAGUUGAGCCCACGUCAGCCACCUGCCAGGUUCGGACCUCCUACCUACCUGACGAGAUCCUUUGGGGCUACGAGUUCCCGCCGGUGGUUUCCCUGUCGCCGUCAGGCAAAUACGUGGCCGACUUUGCCUUUUUCGACAAAGUUGCCAAGAGCAAAGCGGCGCCUGUCUUCAAAAUGUCAGGGGACCCGCAACAGGGUUACCAGAGCAAUGGCGGCGGGAUUCUUACCGAAGGGUCCGACCCGGAGAAGGUCCGCUUGGAGCAAAGCUACCGGGAGGAGCGGGGCCGUGUCAGCGUUCGCAUCAGCAAUGUGUGAAGACCUGAAUGGGACUUGUUUGUUUUUCCGACUGGGGUCCCGACCACCUCACGAAUCCUGAGCAGAAACUCAAGAAAAUCAACUAGCACUGAAGAAAGAAUAAGCUGGCGGGAGGCGGAAGAGGUCCUUUUAAAGAAACAAAUGUAUAUUGUCUGAAGUCCACGUUUCCAUCCUAUGGCAGUGGCUCCACCUUUUCGGAACUUGUCAGUUUCAGUAGAUGUCCCAAUACUUUUGUCCAAAGUCUCCAUUUUCACGUCCUGGGUGUCCAAAAUCUUUCGUCCAAACCCCACAUUUUCACUUCCUUUAGGUCUUCCAAAGGUUUUAUAGAAAUUGUACAUUUUCAUGUCCUUUAAGUGUCCCGAUAUUUUUGUCCGAACUCCCAAUUAUUAUUAUUAUUUGUUUCCUGCAGGUGUCCCAAAACCUUUGCACAACUUUCUGUUAAGUCCUAAUAAUUUUGUCCACACUGUCUUUCCUUUUUCCACUUCAACAUCGGCUUUGGGUAUGCUUCUUCGUGGCCCCCAUUCUGAAAGCGACCCAUUUCGGACUUCUGACUGGCCAGAAAGAGCCUUGCGGUUCUGGCACAGUGCGUCCCCUGUUGUGGCGCCAUGGACUUACAAAUGCCUUUUAAGAAAAGAUAAAUAAGGUCCAAGCAGAAAAAAAAGAAGAAAAAAAAAACAGUGAAAACAAAUAGUUUUACGGUGAAAAUAAAGUCAUUUAGUUCAGAAAACCUAAUUUAAAAAAUAAUCAAUAUAACUAUUUAAGGGAAAAAAAAAUGUUUUUAAUGUUACAGGAAUACAGUCAUUUUUGGGGGCUGGGGUGAAUAAGUAAUGACAUUUUCUUAGGAACUUAUUUUUAAUUAGAUGAGAAUAAAGUUCUAUUUUAUGGGAAAAAUAUUUUUAUAGAGUUUUUUUUCAAUGAUAAAAAAUGUAAUCUCAUGAGAAUAGAGAUUAAAA